AAAAAAGUAUAUAAACAACGAUAUAGGUCGUAGGGCAACUUAGUUUAAUUUAGCACAUUAAUAAAAUAAGACAAAUCUAGAUCUAAUAGUUGGCUAAAUAUAAUUUUUUUUAUAUCUAAAGUGACAACCACAAAUUGUGUUUACAUCUUUUCUAAACAAUAAAAAACUGUAACUGGCAACGCAACGAGCAGGUGAUCUAGUAGAUCUGGAUAUGUUAUAUCAACAUCGAGUAUUAUUAAAAUUUGACUUGUACUGUAACUUAGUAUCAUAAAGCAUGAUGUCAUUGAGCAUAUAGCCAGUCUCUCUUGUUCAUUUAAAAGAGCGAAAGCUUAAGAGUGUUACCUGGAAUAUGAAUGGUAGAAAAUCUAGCAACCAUGAUUCAGACAAGGGCGACGACAUGGAAGCUUUCUCAGGCAAGAUGGAAGUUUCAGAAAGAAAAACUUGUUCUUUACUUGAGUGGCUGACAUUAAAACUAAAGCUGGUGGAUGAUGGAGCCACACCACCGAACUGGAAAUACAUUGGCUUGGUUUUCAUUGCUCUGUUCUCGAGUGCAAGCACCUUAACUUUCCUGUUUCCAUUCCUUCCAGAAAUGAUUUUAACAUUUGGUUAUAAAGAAAAUGAAAAAGGAACAUAUGCUGGUAUAAUUGCUUCAGCAGUUUUUGCUGGGAGAGUAGUUGGCAGUGUAUUCUGGGGCUGGCUGGCAGACAGACAAGGGAGAAAAAUUGUACUGUUGAUCACUAUUGGUCUUAACGGACUCUUUGCUGGACUAUUUGGCUUCGCAGACAAUAUAUAUAGUGCUGUUGUCUUUCGCUUUAUGUGCGGUGUUGUUAAUGGUACUGUAGGCACAGCCAAGACAAUCUUGUAUGAUAUAUCUGACAACUCUAAUCAAGCUCUCAGCAUGUCCAUGCUGUCAAUAUCUUGGGGCAUGGGUUUGAUUGUUGGACCAACUGUUGGUGGUUUACUUGCCUCUCCUGUGAAAAAGUGGCCACAUGUCUUUGACCAAGAGGGCCUGUUUGGCCAGUUCCCUUACCUGCUGUCGUCCAUCUUUCCAUUUGUUACUUGUGCCAUCAUUUUUUUUGUCAUCUACUUUUAUUUUGACGAAACUUUUGUGGUGAAAUCUAAAAGGGCUAAUCAAGAGCUUGUACUUCCUGAAAAUAAAGAGAAUGGAAUUGUGGGCAUUCCCAGUGAGAAAGAAACUCAAUUCAUUAGCUGUAGUGACACAUUGCCAGCAAAGGACGAGCAGAUUUCUCUUCUUAAUCUCGGCCGUUCCAUGCAGUCUGUUAAUGUUGACCUAGAAACAUUUUCUUACCUGAGUAAGGAUGUGACGCAGAGUCAUAUUGAACCCACAGGGCCGAAGAAAAGAAAUGUUACAUCCCAGUCAGUGCCUGAUCUAAUCACAUUGGUGCAUAUUGAUGAAAGUGCUACGCUCUCCAAGUCUCUGACAAAUGUGACAGCAAAUGUUUCAUUGAAUAUACAGUGUACAGAAGGUAUUGACUCUGGUGAAAAAAUGCCUAAACUAAUUGAUGAUAAAAAGUAUUCUAAUGUGACAAAGGAAAAUGGUGUUUUGAAUCAUUCCGAAGAUGUUGAGACUCAUAAUGGCAAGAAUGUGAACAUGAAUUCUGUAUCUAACACUCAUUCCACUAAGGUGUCAGCCAGCUUGACCUGUGAAGAGGAUGCUAAGCCCUUGAUCCAGAACAAGGCAACUGAACAUUUACAGAAGGAUUACAAGGAUGACUUUGAGGAAGAUAGUGUAUGCCAGUGCAUGGAGGUCACAAGUAGUGCUUCCUGUUGCAAGCCUUUUAGAAACACUAGCCUAUAUAGCCUUCUAAGACUGACUGAUGUCUGGACAACCAUCAUGAUGUACACUGUUUUCUCCUUCACCACAAUCGCUGUUGAAGAUAUUUUCCCAGUCUUUGCUUCUACUACUCAUGAUUAUGGAGGUCUUGGCUUUACUACAGAUGAAAUUGGUCUUGCUAUUGGGGCCAUGGUCCUGCCUCUUCUUUUUUUACAAAUCAAACUCUAUCCUUAUCUUGUGUCCAAGAUGGGCAUCAGAAAGGUAUUUUUGUUUUCUGCUAUGGUGUCCUUGGUCACAUGUCAAGCUUUGCCAACUGUUAGACUGUUACAUCAAGAUCCAGUCUGGUUGUGGAUCUGCCUCAUUUUCAUGCAGAUUCCUUUCAAGAUCGCAACCAACUGUUGCUUUGCUGGCACCUCUCUUCUAAUUAACAACGCAGUCACGCAAGACUUAGCCGGCCAGGCCAACGGACUUGCUAUGAUGACAACUGCUAUGGGCAGAACUCUUGCUCCUGUGGUGGCUGGAUCUCUAUUUUCUUGGUCCAUCACUUAUGGGCCAGAACUUGGGAUGCCGUUCGAUUCCAGCUUUGCAUUCUUUGCCAUAGGACUUCUGUUUUUCAUAACAAUAUUUGAAUGUCUUCAUCUCAACCCUCGUCUAGACCAACAGAAAAAAAGAUCAUCUUAAAUAAUAUUGCCAGUGUGUGAGUUUUUCCUAGUUCACUAUUCAUUGUUUAACAUGACACUUGUUCCAAUCAAAAUUAUUUAUUCAAAUCCAUACCAGUGACAUUGGAUUUAUUCAAACUAUACCAGUGACAUUGGAUUAAUUCAAACUAUAUCAGUGACAUUGGAUUUAUUCAAAUCAUACCAGUGACAUUGGAUUUAUUCAAACUAUACCAGUGACAUUGGAUUUAUUCAAACCAUACCAGUGACAUUGGAUUUUCCAGGAAAUAUUAAUUUUUUCUAAAAGCUAUUGUGGUCAUUUUAUUAUGCCAACAUGGUCUUCAGCCUUGUAUGUUAGUUUUUGAUAUAUAAAUGACAUUUACAGUAAAUUUGCCUUUAAACUUGUUGGAUUGAGUUGCCAGUUUGUUGUUUCUAUGAAACAGAUGCUAGUGGCAAUGAUAAGUAGGACAUUGAAAAAUAAAUAUGUAAAGAAAACUAACUAAAUAACUUGAAAUGUAUUAUACUACGUGGUUAAAGAAAAUUCAAGUAGUUAAGUAUGUUUCCCUUUCAGACCUUGAGAUCUCUAGGGCAGAUGAUGUAACGGUCAUCUGUUUCUAUCGUUGGUGAUUAACUCUUUCUCUCCUUAUUGACGAUACCAUCGUUGAUUUGACCUCAUUAAUUAAAAGUUAGGGUUCAAUUUUAUAAACUUGACUUUGUGUUAUAUGAAAAGAGCAUGAAGUCCUCUUUAAUUCUAGACCAAAAUAAAACAUUUUCUGAUUAAAUACGACAGUUAUUGAAGCUUAAUCAUAACAGGGUAGUGAAAUAGUAAUGAGCAAAAUGAAGAGUUCUGUCGAAGCGUGGAAAAAUAAUUACAGAGAGAAAGAGUUAACGAGGGUGUCUUGCGGCCAGUAUUAUGACCGACUGCUUUACUUCGCCAACUAAAUGUCAGGUACCUAUUAGAGUUCCCUGGGCUCAGAAUUCAAGAAUCGCUAUAUAGUCUUUGUUUUUAAACAAAGUUGUGAUUUUUAUUUCUGUCACAGUAUGGAACUUGUUUCAAAGAGGGGUAACUUCAAGGAAAGAUAGCUAUGUUGUUUUAAUGUCAUUGGACUUUACUUAAUCAUUUAAGGUAAACAUGUCAUCUAACUUGGUGUUAAAAAUUGUUCAUAAAAAUUAUAUAUAUUUUUUUACAAUCCUUAUCGUAAUGAAAGUUUAUGUAUCUUAAAACAUAAUGCGCUUACCUGUAAAGAUUGUAUAUCCUAGUAAUGAUGGCAAUAUCUUAUGAUUCCAAAGAUUAUCACGGGUGCUGUGUUUCACUCGGCCAUGCAAACCCAGUUGUGACAAAGAUGUUGUCUGUCAGGGGUCUAUUUAAGUUUUCUUUAGAUCUUCUGCGCCUGUCUUCUAAAAGGGUUUUACUUUCAAAAUGGAUGCUCAGAUUAUAAUUGUGUAUCAUAUAUGUUCACUAGUCCAAAUUAUCUUUGCCCUUAUUUUCUAUGUUUUGUCAGAGUACUUCCUUCAAGGGAAAAGGUGAUUAAACUGGACUGGAAUUGAAAUCUAUGAAAAUUGCCAGCUAGGCAUCUUGACCUGUAUUCAAUUUAAAAAGCCGCAUGCCUAAUAUAAUAUGACAUGAAUUUGUUCCAUUUCUGCCUGCAAAAUAUACAGGAAGUAACCUAUAUCUAUACAUUUAUUUAUUUCUCUUUAUUUAUAAGUAGUUUAUAACUUUUAUUGUUUAGGUGAGAGUUUUUUGUAUUAAUGGAAUCUGUGUUCUCACAUUUAUAUGACCUUGAACCUUAACUCUUUUUUUUUUUUUUUUUAACUUUUACACAAUAUUUUAACACUAUCUUUAUAAGCUGUUGUUGAUGUUUGAAAUUGAAAUCUGUGAUGAUUUUUUGAUAUAACAAAAUCUAGAUCAAUUGUUUUAGUACAUUUUGACCAAACAUUUAUAAAUUGAAGCUUUACGACUGAGUCAUUUGUUUAUUUAUCAGAAUAUAUUCCUUGCCAAGUCAUUAUAUGUUUUUAAUUCUAAUUAGUUGAUGCGUUUACAAUGUCUUUUCUCUGUACACAAUUAUCAUUCUUGACAAACAUCUAGAGCUGUAGACAAGCAGUGCUGGUUGUUGUUGUUUUUUUAAAGAUAUAUUUUUAUUUAGUGACAUUUUGAGGCAUUACAUUUUUAUAUCUAUAUAGACAAAAUGAUUCCUAUACUUUACGCAGUUUUCAUUUAUUAUGUUUAAUAAAACAUUUUUGAACUAUGAAGUAAUACUAGAAUAAAGCUCGUCUUGGAAUCUGAGGAGUAUCAAGGAGUGGCAGUAUUUCACUUGACUCACAGACAAAGCUGUUACUUGCAUAUUUUUUCACCGCCAAUGCAGACAAAAACAUUUUCUGCCAAGAGUUGAUUCAAUUUUUUUCUUUUUGUUGCAACAAUGUAAAAAAAUAUUUUAUUUGUAACUUAAAGAAAUUCUACUUUAAAGCAGUUUUAUCAUUAUUAUUGUUUUAGUUGGUGCCAUUGACUUCAUGUAAGGGUUGAUCUGACUCAAUGUGUUCUCAAACUGUUUCUUCAGUUGUCUCAACACUCAGGUUUAUGCUUUGUAUUGGCCAAAAAAAAACAAACCAUAAAAUACACUGCAUUAACUUAAUGCUUGGGGAGAGAAUGAAAUUUAAACAUUUCAAGAUUAAAAUUGGAACAAUGUUUUGUUGUCAUGUGUGUCUGCUUACUUUUGUAGUAUUGAAUGUGAAAUUGUGACGUUUCCAGAAUGUACUUAAUCCUUCCAUUGUCUGUUCGUUGAAUGAAUUGUGAUACUUAAGUCAAAUUAUAUUUUUGAUGCAAGAAAAAAGGGUGUUCUUUAUAUUGAAUUUGGUCUGACAUUUCUUCAAAUUGAUCAUAAUUUUACUGGUUUGUCCAAAGCAUUAUUAUUUGAAAAUAAAAGAAAUGUCAUGUGUGUUUUUUUUAAAGAACAUUUUUAUUAGGUAUCAAUGAUUGUUCUCCUUUUAGUUUUUUUUUAAAUUAAAUUAUGGUUAUAAUUAGAAAACUCAAUUUGAACCAUAGUGUAAAUUUAUUUCUAUAUCACUGGAGCUGCUAAUGUUGGCAGAAAUCAAAUGAUCUAUGCUUCUUGUGUGAUUUACUUUUCAUUUAAAUAUCACAAGUAUGCAGGGCAGCUUUUUUUUUUUUUUACAUCACUGGUCAGUUCUGGUUCAAUGUUGGUGAUCCUUCCAGCCUUGUCACCUAUUGGAGUUCAUCUCAGGUUCAAUGUUGGAGACUCAUUUGGUUUAACAUCACUGGUCAGUUCUGGUCACACAAUCUCAAGGCUUAAAAAAAUGUCAUUUAAAAUAUUUAUACAUCUUUUUUGCUCAUCUAUUUAUUUUAUACAAUAUUCUGUGAGUCUACCAUUUAUAAAAACUAGUAUUUCACUUGUGUUAAUUGUGUAUUGUAUGAUAAUAAAUUGUAUUGCCAGUGUACUGUAAUACAGAUGUAUUCUAUAAUGUAUUGUAUGAUGUUACCCGAUGUGUUGAACACUGGUGUCAUGUUUCCCGUGUUCAUAUUUUGUGUUCACUUUUUGAUUGCAUCAGUUCUGGAAGUUUUUCCUGAAUCUUUUGUUUUUGUCACCAAAUUAGUGUCUGUCUGCGGUUGAUAUAAAAACUUUGACAGGAACAUCUCACAAAACAAAAACUAAAAAAAUUAAUGCAUUGCCUUCACUGCAGAGUAUGUAGUAAGAUUGCAGUCUUUAGGGAAACUCAUUGUAACCAUAUGGGUUGAAGAUGAUGUGCCUUUUUUUUUUCAUCAUCUGCAUAACAACAUUUAGGGCCCCUAUGAUGUGGCAGUGUGACAGAGUACCAUAUGACAAUUUUUUUAAAUAUUUUUUUUUAGCAUAAUACACUUAUUUUUACAAAUGUUUUUCUAAACUGACAUUUAAAAUGGAGUUUUUAAGAAAUGUGUGAAAUUUUAUAUUAAGAUUUAUAACAGAAAUAAUAAUGAAAGUUGUAACCUUUUUUUUUCCUCAUUUUUUGUUUGAUGUUCUUUAUGAUUGUUGCCAUUAAUAUACAUUCUAUUAGUGGUUGGGCUCUUUUGUGUCAUGGAAACAAUACAAUUCUGUUGUUCUGAAUUGCUCUGCAGUACAUUGCAGAAU